AUGAUAAAUAGUCUACAUUCUCUACUUUGCAUUCUUCUCUCACAAAUCGACAUCAUGAGCUUCCAUACAUCUGCCUCCAACAUCGAGCUUGAGGAUGACCAUAUCCUCAAGGCUACUCUCCGCAACGAAGAUGGUGAUGAGGAGGAGUCCACCUUGGAUCUGAACGAGAUCAUUGGCAACGACAAUGGUCAAUUUGCGUGGGGAGGAGGUGGCUUCAAAGACAGCGCAGAUGAGAUCAGCUUUGACCUCGAAGGAGACGAAGAUGUGCCCAUUUUGCGAGCAAAGUUGAAGGACGUUGACGGAGACGAACAUGAAGCGGACAUCAACCUGGCAGAGUGCAUUGGGAACGACAACGGACACCUUGUCUUCCACGAAUAG